UCCGCCGUACUUUGCUUUACGGCCAUGCCGACGCAGGGGCCCCGCCCGCUGGUGGAGGUGGUGCGCCUGGGCCUGCUGCCCUACCGGGAAGCCCUGCGCGUCCAGGAGACCUACGUCCAGCGGUGCCGGGCGGGCGCCGGCGCGUCCCACGCCCUGCUGCUGUGCCAGCACCCGCCCGUCUACACCACCGGCAUCCGGCAGAAGGGGCGCCCCCCCGCCGAGCUGGAGCGCCUGCGCCUGCUGGGGGCGGAGGUCCACAACGCCGACCGAGGAGGGCUGAUCACCUUCCACGGCCCCGGACAGCUGCUUUGCUACCCGGUGCUGCACCUGGCCGCUUUCAAGAAGAGCGUCCGCUGGUACGUGUCGCAGCUGGAGCAGACGGCCAUUUCGGCGUGCGCCGGCCUGGGCGUGGAGGCGUCGGCGUCCCCUCACACCGGCGUUUGGGUCGGAGACAACAAGAUCUGCGCCAUCGGCAUCCGCUGCUCCCGCUACGUGACGUCGCACGGCCUGGCCCUGAACUGCGACACCGACUUGGCGUGGUUCGGCCACAUCGUCCCGUGCGGCCUGGAGGGCAAAGGCGCGACCUCGCUGAGCGCCGAGCGGGGUCGCCGCGUGGCCGUGGACGAGGCCGUCCCGCACGUGCUGCGCGCCUUCGCCCGNNNCUUCCGCUGCCGGCUGCUCGGCGACGGCCUCUCGGCGGCCCGCGUCUGAAGCCCGAGGCGGAGCCGGAGGGCGCCCGGCGCCGUCGCGUCGGGCAAUUGCGACUGGUCAAAGGCCCCUUUUCUCGGGCGCUCGUCUCCAUCGGGGUCACGGCGCGUCGCUCAACGGCGGACCGGUGGCCGGUCACCGUCAGGGCUCAGGGAGACAAACGAGCGACCGGUCACGAGUUCACGCC